AUGAGAUUUAUUUUUUUUAUUGUUUUUAUACGGACAAUAUUAUCAUCACGAUAUCAUGAUGUUAUAAUUGGUUCCGAUGAUGACUGUUGGUCAAAUGAAAAAGAUAAUGCCAUAGAAAAAAAAUAUGCUACUCUAGUAAAAUUUUCACCUGAAAUUGCUUAUGGAAAAGAUAAUUGUUCCGUACAUAUAAUCAGUCCAUGGUUACCACAUAUGCAAAAUGGAUUUGGUUUAUUUGUAUCUCGAGAAAUGGAUUGUUCAUCAACUCUUAUAGUUGAUUGUCUUUCUGAUACUACUUUAAUUAAUCGAACAAAAUCAUUACCAGUACAAUUUACAUGUCAUACAAGUCAAAAUAAAAUUGAAAUGCCUUGUAAUUCAAUAAGUUUAACUUUUAAAAGAAAUAUAAAAGUAUCAGAAACGAAAAAGACGACACUCGUACAAGUUAUUGCAUUAGCUAAAAAACCUUGUAUUGAUGAUGAUAUAUUUUUUCAAUGUCCUACAGAUUAUCCUGAUUCAUGUAUUGAUAGAAAAUUAAAAUGUAAUGGACGAUCUGAAUGUCCAAGUGGUGAUGAUGAACUUGAUUGUCAUCGUUCACCUGCAAAGGGUAUUUCAAUAAUUGUAAUUUUUUUUAUAAUUUUGGCAUUUUUAUUUCUUAUUUGUGUUUUAUCAACAGUUUUUAUUUGUUGUUGUUGUCGAGCAGCAUUUAAUCGAAUAAUGAAACGUUUUCGUUCACAAAAAGAAAAUAAAUCUCAUCAAAAAGUCAAUGUUACAACAACUGGUGAAGAUGCUAUUUUAAUAAAAGAACUUACAGCACCAACUGUUACUGUAGAAAUUUUACCUCAGCAACAAAUUGUAUCUGCACCAUUAAUUAUUGAUUCAACUAAACCGAUUUAUCCACGUUUGGAAUAA